AUGGACGACUUGCGCGAUGCCGGCAAUGGAUUGCUGGGGGGUCUCACGGUGGCCGAGGAUCGGGUGCUGUCGGUGCUGGUGCUCGUAAGAGAGCUGAAGCGGGAGCCGGCCUCAUUCCUCGUCAUUGUCGCCAGGCUGUCGCAGGAGGGCGUAGAGCCAUGUCAUUCCCGGAGACGAGGGCGAGAGGGGGCCUCGGAGUCGAAGGGCACGCGGUUGCGCGGCGCGAGAUGGGCGUUGACGGAGUGUCUGCCGGUGACUCUCUACGGAGUGGAUAAAUGGGGCGUCGUCGAGGGCAACUGGCAGUGA